UGCCUUAUCAUGCUUUUCUGCCUAUGUUCACCUCGUCCUCUUCCUUUAAAAUCUUACCAACUGUCUUUCUCUCCCUCCCUCUGAUUCUCUGUGGCUGGUGGUUCAUGUAAUGAGCUCUCUGUGCUGGUUGAUGCAGUUGAAUCAUCUCUAAAGCCUCGUUUGGACUCUUCUACUUGUAUCGUUUUCAGACCCACCAUAUUCACAACACACCCUCUCUAUCUAUCUUUCAUCCUGUGAGCACCAGCUCCAGUUUCUCUUUGUACUCUUCUCCUUGUAACUCGCCUCCUAAGUACCACUACUUCUUCUGUGCUAAUCGCCAAACUCCCACCUGAGAGGUUUCUAAUGAAGUGCCAUUUCCUAAGUCCCGAGAUUACGAGAAUGGUGCGGUUCAACGUCUCCGUUGUCCUAGCGAUUGUCGCGGUUGCGUCCGUUAUGCUAGAGGGGGUGGCAGGAUCAAUGGUGACGUGCUCGGGGAUAGUGCCGAUGAGGUACCGGAAUGACAAGAUAUCGAUAACGGACUUUGGAGGGGUCGGGGACGGGCGGACGGUGAACACCAAGGCGUUCAGGGAGGCAAUAUACCGGAUUCAGCACCUACGGCGGAGGGGCGGCACCCUCCUCUAUGUCCCUCCCGGGGUGUACCUCACCGGCAGCUUCAGCCUCACCAGCCACAUGACCCUUUACCUGGCCCGGGGGGCCAUCAUCAAGGCCACCCAGGAUACUUGGAAUUGGCCUCUGAUCGCACCCUUGCCUUCUUAUGGAAGAGGGAGGGAACGUCCUGGAAGGAGGUAUAUGAGUCUCAUUCAAGGAUAUGGCCUUCGAGAUGUGGUAAUCACGGGUGAGAACGGGACGAUCGAUGGUCAGGGAGAGGUAUGGUGGAACAUGUGGAGGCAGGGCACUCUCCGCUAUACUCGACCGCAUCUUGUUGAAUUCAUGGAUUCCAGAAGCAUCGUGAUCUCCAACGUGGUUCUCAAGAAUUCCCCCUUUUGGAACAUUCACCCUGUUUAUUGCAGCAACGUUGUUAUCAGAUAUGUAACCAUUCUGGCCCCUUACGACUCUCCCAAUACUGACGGCAUUGAUCCAGAUUCCAGUUGCAAUGUCUGCAUAGAGGAUUCACAUAUAUCCGUUGGAGAUGAUCUCGUUUCGGUGAAAAGUGGAUGGGAUGAAUAUGGAAUACGAUACGGCCGUCGCAGCUCGGGGAUCACGAUACGGCGGAUAACUGGGUCGUCCCCUUUUGCUGGGAUUUCAGUGGGAAGCGAAACGUCCGGCGGGGUGGACAACGUCUUCGUCGAGAACAUAAACUUGUACGACACGGGCAUAGGAAUCCACAUCAAAACAAACAUCGGGAGGGGUGGGUUCAUAAAAGACAUAACCGUGUCCAACGUGUACAUGGAGAACGUGCGAAAGGGCAUACGCAUCAUGGGGAACGUCGGCGACCACCCGGACGAUUACUACAACCCCAAUGCCCUCCCUUACGUCAAGGGCAUCCGAAUCAAGGACGUCUGGGGCGUGAAGGUCCAAGAGGCGGGCUUAAUACAGGGCCUGAAGAACGCGCCGUUCACCGGGAUCUGCCUCUCCAACAUCUAUCUCCACGGCGUGCCGGGGCAGAGGAGAGCGGCGUGGACUUGCUCCGACGUCACCGGAGCCGCACUCGAGGUGAGCCCCUGGGUGUGCUCGGAGCUUGCCAGCACCUAUCAAAGUGGCAUCUGCUAAUCUAAAGCUGGUGACACCUUUGCUGUUGCUGCAUAUGUAAGGACAUGUUUAUUCAACCAAGCUCUGCACCAUCAUCACCCUAUCCACUCUCGCUCUCUCUUCUUACCAUAUUUGACGGGCCAUGAUCUUGAGAUUCUAUCGACAUGGAUACAUAAUUGUCGCGAAGACUUAUCGAAUUUUGCCCGAAAAGCUCAUACAAACCACUGGGUAGAUUAGCAACAUCUGAUCAUUACAUGAAUCCAACAGUGUUGUUAUAUACAGUACAAAGCGCAGUACAAACCCUACUAUCCAUCUCGCAUGCCAUCUAUCUCGGCAACGUGUUCAGAUUGUCCAUCUCUCAAGGAUGCAACUUUAUUUACACACAGACGUAUUAGAUAAGUAAAAAGAGGCUAAUCCCUAUAAGUAGAACCAUCGCAAAAA